UUACCCGUUUGGACUAAAGUACCCUUAUCUAUAUUUUUUCUUUUCUUUUUUUUUUUUUGGUUCUUUUCUCUAUCAAAAAGCCUUUUAUUUUUUUUGGUUUCGGUUUUGUUUUUUCACUUUCCCUUUGAAAACGUUUGAAAACGCAGGUAGGGCAUAUGCACAUCUUACCAUCCCGGCCACGUCCUCAUCCUCGUCCAGAAACGUUUGAAAGCCUUUUAUUUACUUAAAUUUCAUUGCUUUUUGUUUUCUCUGUCUUCAUUUCUUAUUUUUUCAGAAACGUUCGAUUUGGAUUGGAUGUUUCAGACUCAAGAUUUUUAUCCCACGAGGUUGAAGUUUUAGUUGUCACUUUUUCCAAAGUUCUUUGGGGUUGGUUAAGAAAAAUCUAUAUUGGUUUUGGGCAUGAAAAUAGAAUGCCAGAUCUAAGAAGUGGAGUUCGGCGAUCAAAGAGAGUUAAUAAUGUGCAGGAGAAUCCUGCUGUUAUAGUUCCACCUACUCGCCCUGGUGUUGCAAAAGGGCCAACUGGUAGAGGUAGAGGAAGAGGGACCAGAGCUAUGAAUCAAGGUAAGAAUGCCAAGCCAAUUGGUGCUGGAGUUGGUGGACAGGGACACACAGGAUUGGACUUGCCAAUCGGAAAGUUGGUUGCUGUUCGUGAUGAAUUGGUUGCUCAGAAAAGUGCAGAAAAGUUGGCUGCUGCUGAGGAUGAGGGAAGCACAAGUCCACUUCCUGAAAGGGUACUAUUUUGGCCUUUCUGCUCUUAUCUGCAUAUUGCAAAUUUUAUUUCUGUUGCUUCUUGUUUUGUCCUGUUUUGUCCAUUUAUAUAUUGAGGUGACAGUCUGCCAAUUUUCAGAUGCUUUGCUU